GCUAUUUUUGUAUUUAUCUUUAUUUUAAAUUAUAUUGUGAAUUAUAUCAUAUGAUAAUGAGCUAGCGGUGCGUUAUCUGCGUCGCCGGUGCGGGUAAAUUUUAACACGGCCGCCCGUUUUUAUAUUGACGUUUCGAAACCUCCAUCGCGUUACGUUAAAAAUAUUAUUGUAAUUUCCGUGUGUGAUUUAAUAUUUUUUCUUCUUCUCGUGUCAACCACCGUCCGGGAAUGUUAAUGAAUUAUGUUGUUUUUACAAUUUUUUAGUGUGUGUGCUAAUCGUGAUUCAUUAUUGUUAUUUUUACGUGUGCUAAUCGUCGUAAUUGUUACUUGAUUAAACAUAUUUUUUAUUGUAGGCGCUAAUCGCCAUAUUAUAUUAGAGUGUAUUUAUUUAUUAUUUGUAUAGGCGCGAAUCGCCGUUAGAUUUGUAUUUAUUUAUUUUAGAAUUUAGGUAGCGGCUGGCCAGUCUGCGCUCCACAAAUUGCUCAAAAAAACAAAAAAGGGCAGAGUUCGUUGCUGUCCUUCUUUAGCACAGACCCACCAAAUAAAAAGAAACGGUUUGAAGAUAAAGCGCUAGAAGGUGUUUUGGAACAUGAACUAGAACUAAAUGUAGAAGAUGUAUCAGGCUCGUCAUCCGCUCAGUCAACCGCUACUACUAAGCACAUUGCUCCUAUAUAUGAAAUUCAGAGGCCCGGCUGUUCUUCUAGUUCAAAUGGUCAGUUAGAAAUUGGUCUAAUUAAUAAACGUGAUCCUGCCUAUGGUCCAAGUAUGGCUAUAGUGUGUUUUGGGGAAGGCUCAUUUCAACCAUGAGAUUUUAAUUUCUCUAAAACGGAUGGUAGGAAAUUUAGACCGGAGUGUUUUAAAAUUUUUUCUUGGCUGGAAUAUAGUCUUCUAACCGAUAAAGCCUUCUGUUUUGUGUGUUGUUCGUUUUACAACUCAGAAGAUAAAAAUAAUGCAGAAGAUGUAUUUACACUCAUUGGAUUUUCCAAAUGGAACAAAGCUGUAAAAGUAUUUGAGAAACAUAAGAAGAGUAACUCACACCAAAGUAAUAACAUAAAACUCAAUUGUCUAAAAGAAGCGAACAAAAGUGGCACUGUUAUUGAAAAAGUAAAUCAAAAGUAUUCAGAAGAAGUACAAGAAAAUAGAUUGUACUUGGAAGCUUUGUGUGAAUCGUUGAUAUUUUGUGGCAGACAAUCUAUUGGUCUAAGAGGUCAUGAUGAAUCUACGGAUUCAAAAAACAGAGGAAACUUUUUGGAGUUGAUGAAACUUCGUUCCAAAGAUAACAAUUUAAUAAAAAAAAAUUCUUCAUGGAGUAUCGUAAACAUUUUCAGUAUAAGCUACUGUCCAUUAUUGGGGAACAAAUUAAGUGUCAAAUUGCUAAAGAAGUUAAGGAGCCAAGGUUUUUGCAAUUAUAGCUGAUGAAACUCAAGAUAUAGCAAAGCACGAACAAUUAGCUAUUGUCGUGAGGUAUGUUAAUGAAAAGUUAGAAGUUCAUGAGUCAUUUGUGGGGUUUUACCGUGCUAAAAGAACUGAUGGUAAAACACUGGCAAAUGAACUUAAAAAUAUUUUGAUUUCAAUGGAUUUGAACAUUAAAAAUCUGCGUGCUCAGUGCUAUGAUGGGGCAUCGAACAUGAGAGGCCCAUACAAAGGAGUGGCAGCUAUAAUUAUGCAAGAAGCCCCAAUGGCUAUGUACAUUCACUGCAAUGCACAUAUAUUGAACUUGUGCAUUGUUAGCUGUUGCACGCGCGUGUCUUCAAUUAGAAAUACGUUCUUUGUACUUCAAAGUCUUGAGAACUUCAUUGAAAAAUCAACUAAACGACAUGCCAUUAUUGAAAACAUUAAAAAAAGUUUCCAGAGCUUUAGUGGUGGAACAUCAAUUUUUGAGUGAUACCAGAUGGGCUUGCCGUGUCGAAUCAGUGCGUUCUUUAUUAGAUAAUUUUGAUAACACUGACAACUCUACGAGAAAUUUCUGAUACGGACCCUGACAGUGGUGGACAAGCCUAUACUUUGUUGAAAAAUCUGGAGGACUUCAACUUUGUAUUUGAUCUGCUAUUACUGAAGAGAGUUCUAGCACAAUGUGACAUACUAUCAAAAACUCUUCAGUCAAGCAGUGUUACCUACGAAAUUGUGAAAUCUGUAAAAAACAGCACUCUUGAAGUAUUGAAAUCCUUCAGAACAGAUGAGUUUUUUUCAAAGUUGUUCAAUCACUCUACAGAAAUCGCUGACAAGUGUGGAUUUAGAGCUGCCCAACUGCCAAGACAGGGAAAAAUCCCCUCGAAAAUUGGGAGGGAGUAAAGCUCCAUUUGAAUCUGUAGAGCAUUACUACAAAGUUUCAACUGUCUGGCCAUUUAUUGAUAUCCUAAAUGAGGAGAUAGAGGCCAGGCUUCAAGAAAAAAACCUGUAUGUACUUAAAAAUCUAAGCAAAGUUCUAGGUGGAACUGAUGAAGAUACAGCCAGUGUUAAGUAUGUGUGUAAAUAUUACAAUUUAGACAAUGAACAUCUUUUGUCUGAAUUGAGAUGUUUCUAUAAAAUGAAAGAAUCAAGAAACAAAACUAUUCAAGAAAGAUCUGACGUUUUUGUACAAAAAUCUUUGAAAAGUGUGUUCCCUAUGCUUUUUGAACUUUUUCGUCUGUUUUUUACGAUUCCAAUGAACUCAGCAUCUUGUGAGAGGUCUUUUUUGUGCUUGCGACGGUUAAAAACAUACACCAGAAACAAGAUUGGCCAGGAGAGGUUGUCCUCGUUAGCACUUUUGGCUAUAGAAAGAAGUAUUGGAGUAAACAUUUCCAAAGUGAUUGACGACUUUAAUUUAAGCCAGAAGAGAAGACUUAGUUUUGUGUAAAAAUAAUUUAAGUAUGCUAUAAAUUAAAAUAUUUUUUUUUUUUUUUGUAUCAUG